AUGUCAUUCAUCAAAGACUGUAGUUGCGCGUAACUUCGAACUAUCUCCAGGCAAAAUUAAAGUUAUCAUACGACGACGAUGAAUGUAAGUACAUGAACGAAGGCAGAAGUGCACUCGAUUCCCAUCACGAACGGAUCUUUCAGUUAUGACGAGAAAUGUCAGACUGACUUUCUUUGUUCUGUUAGUUACUGAUAUUCGCGGCCGGCACAGUCAGCAUGGUCUUGACCUCGUCCAUGAACACGACUACGGUAUCAUUCAACACCAAGUCUCAAGAACUGGGCAUGGGCAUCAGCACGACUACAGUCUCUCCUUGGCGCCCAACCGCCACAGGAGUCCCAAGGAUCAAGGACGACAAGGAGUUCUGGCACGAGUACAUCGUGAACCGCGUGUCCGGGCUGCCCGUCGACUCCCGCGCCGACGCAUACGUGGCAUGGCUGCUGGACCCUUCCUCCAAUAGGGAUCCGAACUUGGCCUCCAAUCUCUUCAUCUUAGAGGGAUUGAACAGCGAAAAUCCAGAUAAUGAAGAGGACGAGAUCCUGCCGGGGACCUGCGCGUUCGACCUCCGGGAGGUCAAGGAGCUGGCCGCGGUCGCCACAGAGUACGCGGACGAGGAGGAGAGGAAGAGGCCGAUGGCCUUCGACGACAAGCUGGCGUCGUACGAAGUCGCAGGCGCGACGAUCAAGAGCUGGCAGGCGGAGAUCGAGGCCAUCAUCGCGAAGCAGGUGUCGGGAGGGUGGCUCAACCCGGACCAGCCGUCGGCAGACUUUGACAGGUUCCUGGCCUGGGUGUUCACCAGCUCCAGGUCGAUGCUCCCCGUCAAGGGCUACCAGCGGGGCAGUUACGAGUGGAAGCUGAGGCAGGUGGAGAAGCUGGUCGGCCUGGCCGCGGCGGCGUACGGCGCCGAGGUUGAGAGAAAGAAGGUUGAGGUGGGCAAGAAGAACCCGGCUGCCCGCGACGCCGACAGGAUCGAGGAGGACCAGCUCUACCUGCUUAGAACGUACGUUCGAUGCUGCACCGCGGCCGAUGGCCGCACGGUUUCCCUCGACUCCCUCCCGCAGAACGGGAAUGUAUUUCACGUGACAACUGGAAGGAGCAAUACGAAUGAAAACGCCAAUGCCGUCGUCGUCAGUGCUGUCCUUCGUUCCCUAGCCUCUGACUCGGACCCGGCCUGCGAACAGGAGCUGAAGGAUACCCAGGCGAAGUACGGACGAGAGCUGAAGCGGGCUGAGACGAUACAUGAAUCUACCGAGAAACUUCUGGACAGGCUGCUACAGCCAGGCGGGAUAGACAACGGCAUUCUGGGGAUUAAGCAGCAAGUCUUCCAGCUAAACUUACGAGCAGCUCAGAACAUACGCUCCUCCAUCGAGAAUGGGCUGCCCAAGAUUCCCAACGAAUCAAAGGAGGAUCUAAACAGGCUUCAAAAGGUACGCGGGGAACGCACGAGAGUCGUGGGCGGCAUACAUAGAUGUUGUGAUGGGGUGGUCGUUGGUCCCGAGCCGUUGGGAACUAACCCCUUCCCCAGUGUUCCGAGCCAACCCCCUUUUAGGGUCUGAUUGAAUUCUGUUGACGAUAGAUCGGCCGUGGUGGGAUAUGAAAAGGGGGAUUAGCGUUGAUGACUCUGUAGGAGCUCAGGCUCGUCGGGUGGGGGGCCAUGAGGCACGAACUACGUUUGCCCGACGACAAUAUAACCACCGGCUUUUAUGAAGACCUUGUCAUCCAAGAUUUUUCUUCUCUCUCGUAUAGUUCGCCGGUCCCGCGAGUUAGGUUGUCGUUUUUCUUGACUUGGAGUAGACACAGUGCCAGUAGUUUCUGAUUGCUAGCGUGAACGUGGAAACCAAUAAAGGAAGUUGUGGGAGAUGCCAAAUGAUGUGACCCAGAUCCCCAGGAAUCGAUUCUGCUGAGGGUCAAAUAGAUAGAUCACAUGCCAG